AUGGCAGCAGCAGCUGGGACUGCAGCGGAGCCCGCAGCCGAGAGCCGCAGGCAGCGGCCGGGAAGCGCAGCCCUGUGCCCGGCCGCGGACGCACGGACGCACGGACGCCUCCCUCGGCCCCCCGCGCACCCCGGCCCGCUUAGAGGAGUCGCAGCGAGAGCACCCCGCCCGGCUUAGGACCAGUUCACAGGAUUAAGGACCAACGUGCCUCUAGGCUCUGAGAUACCCUAUCUUUGCCCCAGCCAUGAGCCGGCGUGUGGUUCGGCAAAGCAAGUUCCGCCACGUGUUUGGUCAGGCAGCAAAGGCCGACCAAACCUAUGAGGACAUCCGGGUAUCCAAGGUCACAUGGGACAGCGCCUUCUGUGCGGUCAACCCCAAAUUUCUGGCCAUUAUUGUGGAGGCUGGAGGUGGAGGUGCCUUCAUUGUCCUGCCUCUGGCCAAGACAGGUCGAGUGGAUAAGAACCACCCGCUGGUCACUGGGCACACUGGCCCUGUGCUGGAUAUUGACUGGUGCCCACACAAUGACAACGUCAUCGCCAGUGCCUCCGACGACACCACUGUCAUGGUGUGGCAGAUUCCAGACUACACCCCUGUGCGGAACAUCACAGAACCUGUCAUCACACUGGAGGGCCACUCCAAGCGCGUGGGCAUCCUCUCCUGGCACCCGACUGCCAGGAAUGUCCUGCUCAGCGCAGGUGGAGAUAACGUGAUCAUCAUCUGGAACGUGGGCACUGGGGAGGUCCUGCUAAGCCUGGACGACCUACACCCUGACGUCAUCCACAGCGUGUGCUGGAACAGCAACGGCAGCCUGCUGGCCACCACCUGUAAGGACAAGACCCUGCGCAUCGUCGACCCCCGGAAGGGUCGAGUGGUUGCGGAGCGAGCCCGGCCUCACGAGGGCGCCCGCCCGCUGCGGGCCGUCUUCACCGCAGACGGGAAGCUGCUCAGCACCGGCUUCAGCAGGAUGAGUGAGCGGCAACUCGCACUCUGGGACCCGGUAGGCCAGGCCGAGCCGAGUGCAUUGGCUCGCUUUGCAGGGUCAACCAGGAGCGCCCUCCCGAGCGGUGGCCCGGCCCCAGAGGCCCAAGCGGAGCACGGGGCUCCCUCGUGGGAGAGGUUUGCAGCCCACGAGGGGAUGAGGCCCAUGCGGGCCGUCUUCACGCGGCUGGGUCAUAUCUUCACCACGGGAUUCACCCGCAUGAGCCAGCGAGAGCUGGGCCUGUGGGACCCGGUAACACAGCUGGAGGCUUGGGGUGUGUGCCCCGGGGGCUGGCAUCACGGGCGAGGGGCCAGACGCCCCGCACCCGCAGGGUAUGCCCAUCCCGACAGGGCCGAAGGCUGUUGCCACCCCACACCCACCACGGCCCGGUUUUGCUGCGUCGCCAGAAGGAGCUCGCGCUGGCGCCCCCUCCUGAACAACUUCGAAGAGCCAGUGGCCUUGCAGGAGAUGGACACCAGCAACGGAGUGCUGCUGCCGUUCUACGACCCCGACUCCAGCAUCGUCUACCUGUGCGGCAAGGGUGACAGUAGCAUUCGGUAUUUUGAAAUCACGGAAGAACCGCCCUUCGUGCACUACCUGAACACAUUCAGCAGCAAGGAGCCACAGCGGGGCAUGGGGUUCAUGCCCAAGCGGGGCCUGGACGUCAGCAAGUGUGAAAUCGCCAGGUUCUACAAGCUGCACGAACGGAAGUGUGAACCCAUCGUCAUGACUGUACCGCGAAAGUCAGACCUGUUCCAAGAUGACCUGUACCCGGACACGCCGGGCCCCGAGCCAGCGCUGGAAGCCGAUGAGUGGCUGUCGGGGCAGGACGCAGAACCCGUGCUCAUCUCGCUGAAGGACGGCUACGUGCCCCCCAAACACCGUGAGCUCCGGGUCACCAAAAGCAACAUCCUGGACGUGCGCCCGCCGGCCGGGCCGCGGCGCAGCCAGUCAGCCAGCGGAGCCCCCUUGUCGCAGCAGCAUACCCUAGAGACACUGCUGGAGGAGGUCAAGGCCCUUCGCGAGCGGGUGCAGGCCCAGGACGAGCGCAUCACGGCUCUGGAAAACAUGCUGUGUGAGCUGGUGGAUGGCACGGACUAGCCACGCGCUGCGCAGCUCUGCGCCGCACACCCGAUGGGGUAGGGCGCCCCACCGGUGGGUCCGGCUUUUGGCCUAGGACUCCUCCGCGUCCUGCCUCCUGGGGUUGGAAUUAGGAGCGAGACCAGAAAAGAAACUCCACCCCCCACAGGAGGCUGGACACGUGGAUCUAAGUGGCAGGGACUGAUCGCCUUACUGGGUCCCCGACUUUGCGGGAUCAGGCCUAGGGGGAUCCUGGGAUAACGUGGCCUUAGCAGUGGUGCUUCCUGGUGAGGCGUGUCCCUCUCUGUCCCUCACCCUGGGCAGGGGAAGCGUUUAGUGUUAGUGUGCUGCCUGGGGAUACUGAGGGACUUGCGCUUGACCUCACAGGGAUGACCACUCAGCAGAUAUCCCCUGAACCUCAGGAAAAUUCCCGCAUUUCUCCAGACGGGCAGCACCUGUUUCUGUUGCCAGAAGAGCCAAUGGCUUCACCUACCCAUCUCUGGCAGAGGGCUCUGCCCUUCCUCCCACUUCAGUGAGGGCAGCCUCUCGGAGACAAACAGACCCCACCAGAGAAAUCUCAGGAGAACUGGCAUACGGAAGCAGGUUCUACACACAUGCACACACACACACACACACACACAGCCUCCAGCACUCUGCUGAACCUGUAAAACACUGGGGCAUAAUUAAUGGAAUGUUUUACUAAGUACAAAUCUGUGCCUCCUGCAUGGGUGGCUAGAGCCCCCCCCUCCCUUUUUGGAAUCCUGGGGAAA